AGAGAGAGAGAAAGAGAGAGAGAGAGGAAGAGAGAGAAAGAAAAAAAAAAGAGAGAGAGAGAGAGAGAGUACUAUGUAUUUCGUUUAUUGAAUUAAUAUUCCAUUCUUCUUAUUCAGGAUCAUUGAACUCUAAGUCUAUGGAAAAGAAAAAAUUGUUUAUGAUGAUAGUUGCGUGAAAAUUAUUAUCUUUGUUGUUGUUAUAUGUUUAAUAUAGUAUUCAAAACAUAAAAUAUAAGCUAUUUGUUGCGAUCUAUACUAUAAGUAUAUAAUAUUAAAGAAGAUAAACUACUGAAUAGAUGAAAUUAAGGUAUUUGCAAUGUGAACUCUUUCUAUGCAAUAAUUAGUAGCCAAAUUACGCACUGUAGUAUGUAUUACAGUAAAAGAAAAACUGUGAUACUGUAAACACAGUUUAGAUUUUUCACAUUAAUCACAGCGACGUGAUGUAGCAUUAUUGUGAAAUGUUAUCUGUUUUAUGCGAUAUAUAAGCAAUUGUUAUUACUUAAUGUGCAAACGUAUUAUUGGCAGCGGUCUGUAACUACACAAUAAGUUUUUUACUACAUUAUUACAUACUUUUAAAACUGAUCGUGACCCCGUAUAAAUCUCUGUGGAUGUGCUCGACACAUCCUGUUUAAUGUAUUUACCAGUGAUUUAAUUAACUUAAAAAUUUAAGUUAUAUAUAUUCUAUUAAUUUAUAAACCCAACCAUGCGCCUUGCGUCUACAUUUUUCUCUUUCUUACAUGCAAUCGAGUAAAGACGAAAUAUUAAAUGAUGUUGGAGGAAGUAGGGACAUUGUCAAUAGUUUAUUUUCUUUGGUUAUAACUUAUUUAUUUUUUUCAAUAAAGAGUGAAUCAGAUUUAUAAUAAAUAAGCGUUACAUUUCUUUUUUUCAAACUAUAAGAGUAGCAAUUAAAUAAAUAGAUUAUUUAGAUUAAUAACACAAUUCACGACAUAAAAUUUUUAAAUAGAUAAUAAUAAUAAUAUUCUUAAGAAACAAAGAAUGUCAUUAUAUACGACAAAGUGCAAAGUAAAAGUACAAAAUUUUACUUCUCAUUCGAAUCUUUGUAUACCUCGAAAAACGAAAGAUCAAUUUUUAGUAGUUUAUUAUAUAUCCUCAUACAUAGCCAAUAAGAAUUUUGAUAACACUUUAAUGUGGGGGAAGAAUGAUUAUUAUAGUGCAUAUUAUAGGAAUCUGCAGAGUCCCUCUUAUCGCAUUUGUAUUUCGAUAGAAAAUUUAUCGAUACACAAUAAUUACAAGGUGACGCAAAUCCAACGAUUUUAUAUAAAGUUAUCAAAUUCGUUUACUCACUCAUACAUGGGUGUUGUGUGUUUCACACUCGAGAGACAAACAAGAAAAUCAGUUUUCAAUAUAUAUAUACAUACAUACAUACAUAUGAAUAUGCACUCUACAUCUAUGCAUAUGCACAGAAUGCUUGUAACUGGUGAUAAAAGCAAGCAGGGAGUGAUUCUUUGUUUUUGAGAAAAAUAAAUUUGAAAAUUUGUUGUGUAAAUGUGUACUUGAUUCAGUUUCUGCUCGAUGGAUUUUACUAUUUUAUUCUCGGAUAUUUUGAAGAGUAUUUUUGCUCUUCUUAAUAUAUUUACAAUUUCUUGUUUUAGUAUUAUUAUACUUAUCGAACAAGGCUUUUGGGUUGCAGGAACAAGGGUUACAAACUCGGUCAAAUAUAUGUGUAUUCGAUAAAUUUUCAAACUCACUUCUUUCAAAAACAAAGGCUUCUAUAAACAAAUUUGAUUCUACAUUUUCAGCUUACUUUUUCAUUAUACCAUCAAUUAAAGAGCAUCCUGUAUAAAUUGAUGAUCUACAGAUCGAUUAAUUCAUGACGUAUGUGACACACGUAGAUCACAUAUUAUACAUACCACACAACAUACAAAUACACGAUUGCGAAUCUUUUAAAUGUAAAACGUGAAGAACUGUUAUAGGGGGGGAAAAAAAAACAAACAAACCAAAACCAAUCUUAUCUUCGCCAAUUUUAUGUUAAUUGAAAAAAUAAAAUACAAUUUCGAUAAUAUGAGAGAAAAGUUCUUCCUCUGUUACCGUAAUAAUAAUAAUAAUAAUUUAUCAAAAUUGAAGUCCUUUUUAUAAUCAUACAUUGGUAUUAGACUCAAGAUAUGUAAUUGUAAAAAAAAGAAAAAGAAUUAAUGAUAAAAAAAAAGGCCUUCCUUUAAUUGUUCAAAAUUGACAAAAAUCAAGGACAAUGCACUUAUAAGAAUAUGCUAAGAAUAUGGUAGAACAAAAGAAAGAGAGAUAGAAAAUAUAACCGAUUGAAAAUGUUGAAAAGGAUCUAGAAAAAUCAAUGGUAAAUCCUAACUCGUGUGAUUCUGAAGCGCCGUCUAUCUAUGGGACAUACCACCAACGUAUGGGAUUUCAUCAGGAGAAAAUCAGAAGAAGAGGUCAGAAAAGACAGGACAGGGUAGAGUAGUAGUGGGAACAGGACAGGGGGAUACGCAAGUCAAACACACAGUCGUCGCAGGUGUCGCGUUGCACGCUUUCUCUACAAUUUCUAUUUUAAAACAUUAAAACGCUGUCAGGUAUUUUUGUCGGAUUAUUAAUUAUUUCUGAAAUUUCAUCGAUUUUCAUUACUUUUCUUUUGUUCACGUUUGACUCGUUAACUUCGAUCACCGGUGAUGAGAGGGGAGCUAAAAUAAAGAUAUUAAAUGUUGAUUUUUUUAUCUCAUUAAUAUUUAUCGCAGCGAACUCUUCACGUAAAAAAAAGGGAUAAAAAAGAAGAAGAAGAAGAAAAAAAAAAGAAGAUUAAUAUUCAAGGAAAAGAGAAAGAGAUCAAUGUCCGCUUUGGUCUAUCCAAUGCUGGUUCCAUGAAAUUAAUGCUAAUUAAUAAUCGAAGUUAAUUUGGAAAUGUAAUUUUUGUCGAGUUCCGGGUCUACGUAGAGAAGGAUAUGGCUUUCUUGUGUCCAGUUCGUAUACGCCGAGGGAAGAAAAAAAAACCUGGAAUUCAUAACUUCAAUUUGGAAAAGGACUGUGUUGGCACAGGAGGUACAGGACUCGGUACAGGAACCAGAGCGCCAUUACCACCUGGUCGUAUAACUGGCAGUGCAAGCAUAGAAACUUUAGUGAGAGUUGGGAUAGAAAAGGAAAAUGGACUUUCUCCGGAUAGUAAAAUGGUUAUCGUUCAUGACUUUACACCAUGUGUCGAUGACGAGUUGCAGGUCAAAAGAGGACAGGUUGUAAAUGUAUUAUAUAGAGAAAAUGACUGGGUAUAUGUAAUAGCAGCGGAUACGCGUAUGGAAGGAUUUGUGCCACAUUCUUACUGUGCACCUUAUACAUCGCAAUUAGCUGAAUUGACGCUUGCUACUCUUAUGAAUAAUGUUAAAAAAAAGUUGCCUAGAUCCAAUGAGGGUGACGGUGAUAUCUCCAGUACGGGUCGCUCUCAAGCAUUGGAUGCACCACAAACUGAUACAGGGUCAGCAUCAGAUUGUGAAAGCUAUACUCGCAAUGUUGUAACCGCUGAUAUUAAUGUUAAUCGAUCUAAUAUUACUCAAUCGCAAAAUUCUAUACAAACAAUAUCGUCUCAACCAGAUGUGCAUCCCUUUUUCAAGGAUCCUUCAGCUGGAAGAUAUAUUGUGUUAUAUACAUUUGUCGCACGAGAUGAAAACGACGUAAGUGUUGAAAGAGGAGAAUUCGUAACUGUGCUAAAUAGAGACGACCCUGAUUGGUUUUGGGUGCUUCGACAUUGCGACGGUAACGAAGGAUUUGUACCAUCUGGAUUCGUUUAUCCAGGACAUGUACUUCAUUCGUAUGCAACAACAGGUACCGCUGCAACGACAGCAACUUCAGCCGAAACGCAUACAUUAGAGACUGGCAAUGGAAAUAUAACGGGAAGCGAACAAUUACAACAGAAAAGUUUACGAGACUUCAGAGAAGAAACUCCUGGCACCGAAUUAGUAGUACUCUACGAUUAUAAGGCGCAGGCGCCAGAUGAUCUAUCAGUAAGAAGAGCCGACUGGAUAUAUGCAGAUUUGGGGAAUCAAACGGUUGAUGGUUGGCUUUGGGCAUAUGCACCCAAAACUCGGAAAUAUGGUUUUAUUCCUAAGGCAUAUGCUCGUCCUCCUGCUAUGACCAGCUUGUGAUACAUAUAGCAAUUUUCUAUUUCCAUUUUUAUAUAUAUAUAUAUAUAUAUUAUACUAAUAGAAUAUUUCUAUAUAUAUAU